AUAGUACCACUGACAAUUGAGGAAAUGUCAAGAUGAACCUCCCCAAUUUCCCAUCUUCCUCUGACCGAAGUUCAUUCCUUUCUUCCGUUCUCUUCAUUCCUCAACGAACAGACCUCCAUAAAAAAUGACAUCACUCAGAAACACAUAGCCAUAGAAAUCGAAUAAGUGCCAUUCUUCUUUCAUCACAAAAAAGAUUCAAUUUUUUUGUUUCAAAUGCCAUACCCUUUUUGAAUAAAAUCCGGAGAAAAGAAAAGGGUUAUUACGAUUUUUCCAUGAUCAAUAAAUAAACCUUGUUGUUUUGAGCCAUUAGUGUCUGGAUAUGCUCAAGUUGUGGAAAUGGUACCAAAAUUGCUUGGCCCUUCACCCUGUUAAGACUCAGGUCAUUAGCUCUGGCUUGAUUUGGGGUGCUGGUGACAUUGCUGCUCAGGCAGUUACCCACUACACUGCCAAGACCCGUGUCACAGUGGAGGAGGAUGAAGAUAAACAAUUCAAGAUCAACUGGAAACGGGUGUCUACAACCAGCUUGUUUGGGUUAGGAUUUGUUGGCCCUGUUGGCCACUACUGGUAUGAAGGUUUGGAUCGGGUUAUAAGACUGAGACUUAUGCUUAAACCAAAUUCCUUCCGCUUUGUUGCCACCAAAGUUGCCGUUGAUGGGUUUAUCUUUGGACCGCUGGAUUUACUCGUGUUUUUCACUUAUAUGGGUUUUUCUACUGGAAAGAGUGUUCCUCAAAUAAAAGAAGACGUGAAGAGAGAUUUCCUGCCGGCGUUUGUUGUAGAAGGGGGCAUAUGGCCAAUGGUUCAGGUUGCGAAUUUUCGGUUUAUACCUGUAAGGUACCAGCUCCUUUAUGUCAAUUUCUUCUGCUUGUUGGAUAGCUGUUUCUUGUCUUGGGUUGAGCAACAACAAGAUGCUUCAUGGAAACAAUGGUUGAAAUCGUUUCUACCUUUGAAGUAAUAGAGUUUCCAAGAUUGAUAACUGCUUUCAAAUCUUCUCAGUGUAUUCCCAGAGUCGCCAAUGUCGUGGAAAUUCAUGUCAGAAAACAAGUGACUAGUUUUGAUUGCUUGUAAACACCCUCUAGAUUUUCGGAAUUAAAUUUCUGGAAGUGAUGAAAUAGCUUUCCCAUGAUAUGAUUAAUGAUCUUCAUCUUGAAUACAAGUUGACACCUUUUUCCAUUGAAUAAAUUGGAAGCUACGUUUGCUUAUCACUUUCUUAUCAUUUGUCAUUUGUCUAUAUCCUAGUUUUACAGAUAUCUUUAAUGGUAGGGCUGUUUCUUUUUUUGGUUGGGUGCAUGUAACAUUAACUUGGAAAAAAGAGUGAUUAAUUUUUUU